CAAGCUUGACAUUACAAUACCUGUUGUGACCAUGGAUUACCGCUCCAAAUGCCCUUCCAUCCACGGCUUUGUCAGUUGUUGUAAUGGCCUUCAGUUCAUUGUAUGUAACCCCAGCACGAGGCAAGUCAUUACCUUACCCAUUAAAGGACCCCGCGCUUCCUUGGGAUAUGAUCCUGUUGGUGAACAAUUCAAAGUGUUGAAUCUGGUGUCGUCUCCUGACAUGUAUCUUGGUUUUCUAGUGCACGAGGUUAUAACACUUGGAGGAGGAGGAGAAGAAUCACGCAAUCAGGUUACUACCGCUCCUUAUUACCCUGUAACCAAGGGACUUUACAUCAAUGGUUCCAUCUAUCAUGGUGCUUGGGCCCCUAGACUAAGAAUGGAUCCGGUGAUUGUGUGUUUUGAUGUUAGAUAUGAGAGCCUAAGUUUUAUCAAAGCGCCUAGGGUUGUUGUGGUUCAGGAGCGUGAAUCAAUAUUGAUAGAUUACAAAGGGAAGUUAGCUUCGAUUGCAAUAAACCCAUAUGCUCCUUUCCAAAUUUUUGAUUUAUGGAUAUUAGAAGAUGUCAACAAACAUGAUUGGUCCAAGCAAACAUUUGAGCUUCCCUUCUCUUUGGUCAAUAUGACUUCCCCGGGCACCAACAAGGCUGGGGAAAUCAUUUUUGCCCCAAAGACUCUCCCACCCACUGUUCAACCCUUCUUCAUUUUCUACUACAAUGUAGAAACAAAAGACAUCAGAAGAGUUUGCCUCCAUGGAAUUGCAGACGAUAAAGAGUUUUGGCGCCGAUAUGGACUCAGACACAAUAUGUGCGUCUCUAUCUCACCAGAACAUGUUGAAAGUAUUGCCUCUUUGUAAUGUUUUUUUAUUUUCUUUUCUUCUUUUUCUUUAAGGGCCUUUAUGUAAGAGCUUGGCAGCCUCUGCUUUGUUCUUUUUUUUCUUCUUUUUAUCAAUAUUUAAGCCUUGGCUCUUGAACAGUGGCAUUGAACUUUU